AUGGCGGCAUAUGAUGCAUCGGCGGGGAAAUGGAAGGUUUUGGGGUAGAAAAAGGGGAGAUAGGGGUAAAGGACCGCCGAGAGAUCGACCAUCCUUUCAUAGCAGAAACGUUUACAUUGUAGCAGCUCCACUUUUAUUCAUAUUUGCUAUUCUACGAAUUAUUGCCUAUCAGUUGUGGGUCGUUUUGGAGAUUCUUGUUGGGAGAUCUAAAGCCAUCUUGCCUUCGGCAUGUCUGCCAAACCAAAAAGAGAAAUACAAAUGCCAAUUUGAAGCUGAGGAAGGCAUGUCGGGGGCUGCCAAAGCGAACGUGGGACCUGCGGCCCCGGCCCUGGCCACACAGAAGCACCAUCACAGGAAGGCGUUCGAGUACAUCUCUAAGGCCCUCAAGAUCGACGAGGAAGACUCGGGGAGAAAGGAGCAGGCCAUUGAGAUGUACAAGAAAGGCAUUGCAGAGUUGGAAAAGGGAAUUGCUGUCAAUGUGGGCCACGGCCAAGGUGAACACUGGGACAAGGCACGUCGACUACAGCAGAAGAUGAUGACCAACAUGGUGAUGGCCCAGGACAGACUGGACAUCCUCGAUAAGGUGCUACAUUCCUUAGCAGUAAAUCCCGUCCCUUCUGGUGGUGCUACAUGUUUACCCAAUCCGUCCGAAACGUCAGAAACCAGAGAAAAAAAACAAAUCUUCCCUUGUGCCUACAGCACAGACACAAAACCUGCUGUGCGUGCCCGGAAACCUAUUGGAAAAGAUGCGCCCAAAAGCAAUAAUAAGACUAAAUCAGACGAAUCCACAGCGUCCAGUAAGAUGUGGAAACCAAUGAGGCAGCCCCUGGCAGUGCACAAGAGUAACACCCUCCCUCGUAACAGUCGUCCCUCCAGUACGGGAGGGUCUUCCUCUGCAACUUCCUCCCCGGCACGCAAGUUCUCACACCAAAGGCAGCACUCACAGCAGAACCCAGGGGGCCGUCCUGUAAGAAAGGAAUUGUCUUCCCUGAAAUUGAAGAACAUUGACAAGAAGCUGGCCGAGACCAUUUUUAAUGAGAUAGUGGACAACGGUCCUCCAGUGCAGUUCACGGACAUCGCUGGUCAGGACACAGCAAAACAAGCUCUACAUGAAAUUGUGAUCCUACCUGCCUUGAGACCAGAGUUAUUUACUGGUCUGCGGGCUCCAGCCAGAGGACUUCUGUUGUUUGGUCCUCCAGGGAACGGUAAAACCAUGUUGGCUAAGGCAGUGGCCAAUGAAUCCAAUGCUACUUUCUUCAACAUUAGUGCCUCAAGUCUCACGUCUAAAUGGGUAGGGGAAGGUGAGAAGUUGGUGAGGACCAUGUUUACCCUGGCCCGGGAACUCCAGCCUUCUGUUGUGUUUAUGGAUGAAAUUGAUUCUUUGCUGUGUGAGAGAAGAGAGGGAGAAAAUGAUGCCAGUCGAAGAUUGAAAACAGAGUUUUUAGUGCAGUUUGAUGGGGUGGCAGGGAGUUCAGAUGACCGAGUGUUGAUAAUGGGGGCCACAAACAGACCACAGGAACUGGACGACGCUGUUCUCAGACGGUUUGCCAAGAGAGUGUAUGUGAACAUGCCGCGGAAGGAGACCAGGAAGUCCAUGCUGACUCAGUUACUGGCCAAGCACAAUAACCCACUGACCAGUGGUGAACUGUCCGAGGUGGCAAGGUUAACAGAAGGGUACUCGGGCAGUGACCUCAAUGCCUUGGCAAAAGAUGCAGCACUGGGACCAAUCAGGGAAUUGUCAGCAACAGAGGUCAAAACUGUGGAUGCAAAUAAGGUGAGGGGUAUAACAUACCGUGAUUUCAUAGACUCUAUACGACGAAUCAGGAAGAGUGUGCCUGUUGAUACGUUAUCCAAGUAUGAACAGUGGAACUUGGAGUAUGGAGCCCUAGGGGUGUGAAGCAAGUGGCGUUACGGAGGCUUGGACGCAGGGAGAGACAGAAAGUUGGAGCAAGAGGAGACACGGGGUAUCAGAGGUCACAAAGACACAAAUCUCCAGUUAACUUAUUCAGAAGUAUUUCUCACAGUACCACAGUUUUUAUGGUUUAAUCUGACGCUGAUUUUACAAACAGUCCCAAGCAUUUUUUGGGGAGUGGUAAAGUUUUUUUGAAUUUGUGAAAUGACAGUUUGUUGACAAAUCACAAUUUUUUGGUACGAACAGUGAGUUAUAUUUGCAAUUUUUUCAGUAAACUGUAAAUGAUUCCUGAUGCUUGAAAUAGGGAACAAGUAAGAGGUUCUCUGAAGUUGUAUGUGUUGUGACCUUUUAAGUAUUGAAGGCCAAACAACCAAAGUGUGGCCAUAUUAUAUACGGUUGUUCCACUGCUGACAGUAACAACAUGCAAUCUUACAUUAGAACACAGACGAUGAUAGCUGGUGUGUUGUCAUGUAUUUACAAUGGAAUUAUAUCAUGAGUUCAAGUUUGAUUUCUUUAACUACAUUCCAAAUAUUAAAAUGUAUAUUUUUUUGAAAUAAGCUUUUAUUUUGAAUUCUCAAACAUGGAUUGAAAAAUCAUUUUAGGAGUAUAGAGGUUUAUUUAGUAAAGAGGUGAUGUAUUACUGAAUUGAUUCACGUUUCUGUCUGUUAUGAUAUUAAUUCCCUUUGAUUGUUAUGUUUCUACGAGUCUGAGUUGUAACAAGGACUUGGUAGUAAUACUGGGUUAUCUUGAAUCCUUGUGUUAAAUGGCAGCCUAUAAACCAUAGCUUCAGCGAGUCUCUAUUGUCCUCCACUCUACGUUAUAUUAUGUUAAUAUUGGAAAAAAGUAAUCUGACAUUUUUAUGUAUGUGUAUGAUAUUUCAUCUGGUACCUGGAAUUGUGAAAUUACAAUCUUCAAUUAUUUUAUAUUAAUAUUAAGGUAAUCUUCCACUGAAUAUGCUAUGCAUAUUUUGUAUUUGUCAUUCACUUUCUCUGUCAGAAAGUAUUACUAUCAGUGUCUUUGUGAAAAGGAUUGUUUAAAUUGUUUUUCAACCAACUGAAGAUGGUGAAAUCCGAAGUAUACGUAUCAUAAACAAUAAAUGUAACAGUUGAAUUAUUCAUUAGGUAUUUCAGGAAUAAUUUGUUUUUGCUUGAAAAAGGACAAUUGUGAAAACCCAUUCUAGUCAUUGGUGUAUAUAUAACAUUGAUAUGUCAUUGAUGUAAGUGAUCUUUGCUUUCCUGUCUUACUGGUACAUGUGUACUCGGUGAAGCUAGCAUUAGUGGUCACAACACUGCAGUAAGUAAGGCACAGUGCAAGUGCAAGUUGUCUCAUUGGCUGCCACAAACUUGUAUAAUAAGCUUUUAGCUUCAAUUUCCAUUAAUAUGACUUUGUAAACACUUACCCAUUUAAAAACAUGCCAGUCAUUUGUGAUGCAAUGUUCCGUAAUCUAAUUUAACUAUAAACUAACUGCGUUGACUUGCAAUGACACUAGCAGUGAUACAUGGUAUCUACCACCUCUGCUGUCCUCACUCAUACACAUUUAGUACCUGUACAUUUACAGACUAAUGUAGGAACUAGCAGCACAGUUACUAGAAGCAUUAACUUGAAUACAUUUGUUUUCUGUCAGUGUUCUUUUUUGAGACAUACAGGAUGUACCACUAUUAUGGCAAACAAUAGGCUAUCUCGUUCCUGUUUGUGAAACAUCAAGUUGUUUCUGUCGGAGACACAUGGACUUAUUCCUGUCAGAGACACAUGGACUUACACCAGUCUGUGACAUAUUGACUUGUUCCUGUCAGAGACACAUUGACUUGUUCCUGUCUGAGACACAUUGACUCGUUCCUGUCUGUGACACAUCGACAUGUUCCUGUCAGAGACACAUUGACUCCUUCCUGUCCGAGACACAUUGACUUGUUCCUGUCAGAGACACAUUGACUCCUUCCUGUCUGAGACACAUGGAUUUGUUUCUGUCAGAGACACAUUGACUUGUUCCUGUCAGAGACACAUUGGCUUGUUCCUGUCAGAGACAUAAUGACUUGUUCCUAUCUGAGACACAUUGACUUGUUCCUGUCUGAGACAUAUUGACUCCUUCCUGUAUGAGACACAUUGACUUGUUCCUGCCAGAGACACAUUGACUUGUUCCUGUCCGUGACACAUUGACUUGUUUCUGUCUGAGACACAUUGACUUGUUCCUGCCAGAGACACAUCGACUUUCUUUUCACAUUUAAUGCAACAGCCUUUAGUUUUCAUGAUCCUUGUCUGGUAUAUUAAUCUGAUUAAUGAGACUUUACGGACAAAGAGGUCAUAACCUGACAGAGAGAAUUGUAUACAUUAAUUAAUGUGAAUUUCACAACAUUCCAAAUGUAGGUUAUCUUUAAUUGUGCAUAUUUCAGGUUUUGUAAUUUGCUCAACAAUGUAAGACUUCACUUUAUUCUGUUCUGCAGAACUUAAAGUCAAGUAUUUAAGGGCUUUUUAAAUUUAGAAAUUGAUGAUGAGUUUAUUAAAGUAUAUGGCAUUAUGUACUUAACUUAUAAAAUGUGAAUUAUAAGGUUCAUCAUUUUGUGGUCAACUUGAAGACUUAAUCACUUGUAAAAUAUGAGAAACUUCUGUACCAUGAUUUUGUUUUUUCUUUUAAAGUUUCAACUGAAGAAUACUGAAUUGAAAAUUAAAUAGUAAAUUAUUU